AUGCCGAUUGCCACUGCACCCUCCGCCGUGCCGACUCGUCCGUCCGCCGUCGCCAAGAUGGAGGACAGGAAGAGGCCGGCCAUCGCCGACACCGACGAAUAUGCGCCCCCCAGCAAGCGGCAGGCUGUGAAUGGCGGCGCCAGCAAGGUCAAGGAGGACCCCAACGGCGAGUACCGCGAUGAAGCAUGGCUCGAGAAUGGUCCUCCCUGGAUGCCUCGACAGCCUUGGUUCGUCUGCUUUGGACGCUUUCCCCUCGCUUUCAAGAAGCGCUCCUCGAUCUGUCAAUGUCGGCUUGUCGUCAUGCUCAUCCAACCAUCCUCUAUUUCCUUUACGCCAUCGAUGCAAUGA